CUCGCAGGGGGCCAGCCGCUUCCUACACCUGAGACUGUGGAAAUCUGAUACUCCUGACAUGUGAUUUUCCCUGAGUGUAGGAAGGAAGUCUUUUUUUUUUAUUAUUAUUUUUGGAUUUAUUUAUGAUUUUCCGAAAUAUUUUGAAAUUAAGGUAGAAUGCCUUCAUUUACACACCAGCUGAAGGUCCUUCUCUGGAAGAACUGCUUAAACGCUUACAGGCAACCGAUUUGGUCGGUGGUUUUAAUUCUGUGGCCUGUUUUCAUAUUCAUAAUACUGGCUAUCACUCGCACAAGAUUCCCUCCACAAAUGAUGUCAAACUGUUAUCUGGCUCCCCGAAGCCUACAGAGCGCUGGACUAAUACCGUUCCUGCAAACUGUUCUUUGCAAUUCAGACACAACAUGUUCAAACAGUAGCUACACUGAAUUCCCAUUCACUCCAAGAUCACCAAACAGGAAAAAAAGAUAUUCGGUUGAUACUGGAGGAGGGAGGAGCAACUUUCUGGGAGAAAAUGUUACUGGUGAUUCCGCAUCUAUGUGGAUCGAGUCAGUGGUUGUGAACACGUCAUAUACAACUGAAUCACUUGCAAAAGAUAUCACUGUAUGGAAGACAGCGAUCAAGCUUUUCACAUCUGGAGAUGUAAAAGGUGCCCUAUGCCUUUUAUCUAACAGUUCAACAAUAACGCAGCAAUCCAUGCCCUCCGGCACCGACCUCCAGCUUCUGAAAAGCAACUUUGAUAACUUCUGCAAAUCUAAUAUGACAAUGGUGGAUUUUGUAGCGCAGGCGCUACUGCCACAGGCUAUUUCCGCAAUCAGUAAUGCAACAACAAAGAUAGAAACAAUUCAAAGUAAUACCGCCCUGUGGGACUUCCUCUUGAUGCUCCCAGAAUGGAACAGUGAUUAUUUCAAUGCAGAACUUGCUAUGAACAUUUCCACAGGGACCGCAGGAUUGCCUGAUGUACAUCCCUGCAUCAAUUUCAUCUUGACAAUUGAAAGACAAGUGCAGAAUGGCACAUACAGUACGGUUUUAUCUGGACUCUUGAAGACACUGAUAAGCCAAGACCCAGACAAUGAGCUGAAAGCCUGUAUUUCUUUGUAUCAGUGGCUUCCAUGUGAAGUUGGAACCAGUCAGUGCUGGCCAGAGGUGAAGGAAGUAUUUGAAAUAUCCUACUGGUUGAUGACAUCAGUGAUUAAUGGAACUGGCAACAAUGCUUGUACAUUCAAUGGCACAAAUGUGAUCUGCAACAAUACCGUUAGCUUGGAGUAUUUGUUCCAGAGCGCAAUGACUCUUAUUAGAAAUGUGAGUGAAGAUACGGCUAACCUGCUUAGAAUAACUCAGCGUGUAUGGGUGAUCCUGAAACAAAACAGAAUUGAUGAACUUGUCCUUCAGAAUUUACAGCAGAAGAUUGCUAAAGAAUAUCCAGGAGACACUAUAUUGCAAAACACUCUUACAGAGCUUGUGGACCUGCUUCUGAACAUUACAGAGUCUCUUGUCAUGGAGUUCUCAAUGAACCCCCAAUACCUUAAUAUUUCUUUGGGGACAGUGCAGAAACUACUGGGGCAGUUUAAUGUACCUGGGAAAGUCAUGGAAGGAGAAUUAAUGAACAUUUCACAGGCCUUAAAUAACAUUCUGAAAACUAUUGUCCAAAACAUAUACUACAUGGACAACCUAGCUGGCUUUGUUUCCUCCUACAAUGUUUCUAGCCUGACCAUGACAGAACUUCAAUUCCUAAUCCAAACCUCGCUAUCCAUACAUUCAGAUUGGGCUGCCAUCUAUAAUGACACCACAUUUCUCAAGAUUGUCUCUCUCAUUAAUCAACCAGAAUUGCGCCACAUUUUACAAGUGUUCCAAACACUUUUGAACUUGGAUUCCAGUAGUACAAAUGUUACAACAUCACUUAUUGAAUCUCUCAGCCUCUUAAACCAGGUAUUAAAAACGUGGAACACUUCUCACAGCUCUCUCAUUACUGAAGUCUACUUAGAACAGAUAACAAACUUCAUCCACUCUAAUAUUAACUUAAUGAGCAAUCUUUUAAACCUGAAUUUGUAUAUUAAUGGCAGCCAACUUGCUUUUCUACAGUCUGAUUCACUUCAAACAUUUAUUUUGGACUUCCUCACUCCAUCCAAUUUGCAAAAUAUAGGUCCUAACAAAACCAAUAUGACAUCAGCUGUAUUCAAGAUUCUUUCAACAUUAAUUUCUCCUCAAGAGCAAGAAAUCCUUCACAAGAUAGAAAGUGCCACUGUUUCCCUCCUGAACUCAGUAAGCAUAUGUGAGAAGGAACUCAACAACUGCACAAGAACCCUACUGGAACUGCAGCUAGAGCUGAUACAAUUCAUAAUGUUAGCAAUCCAUCACAACAGUAGCACACAGCAAACAGUAAACUUUGACAAUGCUCUCCUUCAGUUUCAGGCUCCCAGCAGCGCUCAAAUUUCUGUUCUCAAUGAUAUAGUCUCCUUGCUCGUAUGCUUUCAACAGAGUCCCAUUUUUUCAUGUAACACACCAAUAAACAUCUACAAGGAGAUAUUAGAUGUCAUUGUAAAUCUCACGCUGACGAGCGAUCAAAACCCUUUGACUGACCCUCUGGUACUACAAAACUUUAACAACAUCCAACAGGUUCUUGGAUCUGUAAACCUUACCAAGCUUCUAGAUCAUGUGCAGAAUGUAGUGAAUGCUUCAGAAUGUUACAGUGGAGGAGUCCAGUCAUUGCAAUGUAACUUGAAGAUGUUUUUUGGUCUCAUUAAGCUCUUCAAUGAGUUACCAUUUCCACAACCUCUGAAUGAUACCCUCACACUUCUGUUUUCCAUCAAUGAAGCCUGGUCAGGAGAGCUUGAGGGGGUAUCAGAUAUUUAUCAACGCUUGACUUACAUGUAUAAUCUAACACAGCUGGCAUUGCAGAAUGGCUCUGUCCUACAUGAAAUACAUGCAAGUCUUAUGAACAUCGUUCAAACCUUAGAAGAAGUCCAGUUAAGUUUGAAUUCUACCCAAGGAUCUGGAAAAUUUAUUGACAAUCUGCUGGAAAUGCUGCAGUUUAGUAAUAUUAAUUAUACAUCCCCUGCUACUAGUAUCACGCAAACAUACCAAAAACUAGAAGAUAUAAAAAAACAACUUUUGGUCAUCCAGUGGUAUGUUCUCUAUUUGAAAAAUGAAACAGAGAACUUCUCUAGCUCUGGUAAUAUGUAUGCUUUUGUGGCAAUGACACAACUCAUUUUAAAUAAUAUCCUAUCCAGCAUGAACACCAAUUCUUUCCUUCCAACAACUUCAAAUGAAAUUCUUUAUGCACUGAAUGUUUUGGAAACAUUUCCUAUAGUACCGUCUCUCCAAAACUUAUUUAAUCUUAUAUUAAAAAAUGAUGUCCAGAAUCUGGAAAACAUUUUCAACCAUACUGUUUCUGCACUUCAAAUUAUAUUUCAGGACGAAUUUCUAAAUGGAACCUAUUUGCCCACCUCACUUAAUGAACCUAUAAGAAAUGAUACUGCAUUUUUGUUGAGUUUAUUACAAUGGUAUGACCCUGGAAGUCUCGCCAACCAGUCUUCCACUUUAAUCUUUGUGGAGAAAAUCCUUUUAGUGAUGCAAAGUUUUUUAAAUGACACAGCUGUAAUUCAAACUUCGAACAGUAACACUUUCCAAAGUAUCUAUAACUUCUCCCAAGAGUUCAUGGCUAUCCUGUAUAACGUAAAACACGUAGGAAAUGUCAGUGUGGGGAAUGUGGACGCAGUAUACCAGCUGUUUCUGCAGAUUUGGAACACAAGCCAGAAUGUUAUUUCCUUGGAGGAGAAAUUCAAGAACAUUUUAUAUUUAAGUAUGCAAUGCAUAUCAGAGAACAUACUUUCAAGCACAAGCCAAAACUGCUCCUUCAAAGAACUCUUACUUUCCAUACAAUUGAUGUUAAAUGAUUCUGGUUGCCAAGUUCCUCUGUUGGUUCCUGAUGCUAAAGGUGAUAUGGAUUUGAAUACCGUCUUAGAAGGUGGCCUCAUUUCUUUUUUUAAUCAAAAUAUGACUGGAUGCAGCUCAGAAGAAACUACCAGCAUGAAAGAAGGGCUCGUCUGUUUCAUUGAAUUAUUGGGGCCCAUCAUCACAUACCUUUCUAGAACAAAUAUCCCCUUUGGCCUCAACAUUACUUUGGUUCAACAAAUGGAUGCAUCAAUUACUAUUAUUUCUGAGAAGCUUGUAGAAAACAACAUGACAUGUACUGCAGUUGAUGAACAUAUUAUAGACAACUUAAAGAAAGUGUUCGAUACUUUAGACAUCAUGGUGCUCCUUGUUUCCAAUCAGACGCAGAAUGGAAUGCAAUAUUCUGAAUUGUGGAAUGAGACUGUUAACAUAGUGAAGUUUUACAUCUCCAUGCAAGGACACGACCUUUCAAAUGAUAAGACAUUUACCAUCUUAAAUGAUAUACUAUCUCACCUAUUAACAAUUACAUCAGAUGGCACCGACCCAUGGCUCAAAGUGUUAACAGUUUUGGAAACCUUGGCUAAUCUGUCAACUACUCUUGACACAAGUGAGCAAUUAAGCAUUUUCCCCCAAAUACUGAAUACUGUAAACAAGGUUGCAAGUCUUGCUGACAGGGCACUGCAAGCAGCCGUUAUGCUGCCAAAUGUCUACUCCUCAUAUAUUUUUAAUGCAAACUCAUCUGUAGCAUUGUUAAAUGUAUUUAAACAGUGGAUGUCAGCACAGAAUGUAACUUCUGCCAAGAGCUGUGAUCAUUUUCUCCAAUCCUUCCUUGCUUCUGGACAAAACGCAAACCUCACAGGUUUGGAGGGAAAUGAUGGGUUGUUUGGAAACAUUAGUAUGUGGACAUGCAGUCUAAUAUUUAACAAUGAUUCCAUUAUUGAUUGGACACAGGAACUGAAAUCAAUCAUUGCCAUUAUAGUGAACGUAGAACAAGCAAAUCUCACCAGGUUUGCUGAAGUGGCGCUGGAGAUUAUAACAUCAUUUAAAGACUUUAUAAAUGGGACCAGUAAGGAUAUGUUUGAUAGCCUAAUUGCGUCCCUGUCUGAAGCAUUUAAAGAACUAGUUUCCUCAAAGAAAUGGAUUGUGUACCAAGCCAUUCGUGACUUUGUUAAUUCUUUAACGUCAUUGGUAAAUGAGGCCUUGAUCAAUGGAAGCAAUAAUCAUAUCCUAACAGCAGAGAAGGUCACUGUAGGAACAAUAGAAGCUGUCAGUGUCCUACUCAAAAGCCUCAAUGUCACAGGUUAUGAAACUGUCUUGUCAUUCACUUCUGAAAUUGUCCAAGUUUAUUUCAGCAGCAGAAACAGCUCAUUGUCCAUGGAUGACAUUUUCCAAAAGACACUGACACCAAUUGUGACAUUUCUCCAAAAUAACGGAUUUGAGAAGUUUAUCAUGCAAACAUUACAGAGCCAGGUAUCCAGCUACAACGCAGAGAAUCUACAGGUUCUAAAGAUCUUCCAGGAUGUAAUGGCCGUUGUGUUCAAUACAAUUAAGGGAGCAGCUUCUGAAAAUGAAUUGCAACCACCCUACUUAACCACAAAUAUAAUUUUAAACAUGAUUAACACCAUUGUGGGAGAUCUCAAUGACACUAGAUUGCAGGAAACAAUUUUUGGAAACAGCAAGAACAUAACAGACAUGAUUGCAAUUCUGGCGAAUGCUGUUUUACAAAAUAACCUUCAAGAGAGCAAUGUUUCAUUUAGUUGGGUGCUUCCCCCAAAUCAAACUAGUCAAACUAUCCACAACCUUGAGGUACUCAUCAAUAACUUGAUAUCAAAAAGUGGAUUUGAUCCAAGUUUUUAUUUGAACUCAAGUGCAUCCUUUGUUAAGAUACUUUAUCACUUGUAUGAACAAGACCACAAGGAGCAGUUAAUCCAAAUGUUAAACUAUAUAUUAAACAACAGUAACCCCAACAUAGAUUCAAUUUUGGUUAAUGCACUUGGAAAUUUGCAUGACCUUAUUCAUUUAAAUUACACAAAUAAUCAGAACAUGGUACAGGAGCUGUACUUGAAACAGUUGCUGAACUUUUUAUCUGAUAGUAAACUGCACAUAACCCUCAUGGAGUUAAGCCCCCUGCUUAAUUUGAGCCACAGUGUUCCAUUCCUACCAAACAAAGAUUUAAGGGACUUCUCCAUUGAACUCUUAGAAUUUCUACAUCCUUUAAAUCUUUAUAACAUUGGCAACGACCAGAAGAACUUGACCUCUGUUCUGUUUAACCUUUUGUCAAAUUACACACCGCAAACUCAAGGAAACUUUAGAAAUAUCAGCAUUGCCUUGGUAACAGUCAUGGAAAUACUUCAGCAGUGCGACAAAGACGCAGAAAUAUGUAUCAGUGCAAUUCCGCUAUUCCAGAACUCAGUUGCAGAAAUGGCUGAUGCGCUCAACUCUUUCGCGAUGUAUAAUGGUGAGACGUCUUUAAAUAUUUCACUGGUGCAGCUGGAAAUGCUUGACAAAUCGGAGAUCUCGCUUAUAAAUAACGUGUUUUUGGCACUUUGGUAUGCACAGGAAAACUUUUCAAACUUUUCGGGAGAUAUUUUAGAUGUGUACCAAGAGUUCCUCUCAGCAAGUCAACUCAUCGUGAACAUCACUAGAGAUCUCAAUGUGAAAACCUUUGAAUCAGAUUUAGAAAUUGUCAGGAAUGAUCUGAACCAAAUGAACUUUAUUAUGCAAGUACUAGCCAAGAGCAACAUGAUAGAAUCACUUCUCCAGAUAAUAAAUAUUCAGCAAGGUCCUUGUUGCCUAAACCAGACAGAUGUUGACUGUUUGCUGUGCACCUUCAAUCUCACCUCUCAUUUCUUGAGUCUCCUCCAAAACCUAGGUCUUUCUGCUCCAUUGAAAGAGAGGAUUGAAAUAAUGCAUUCCCUAGUUGAUUACUGGAUGAGUGAGGUGAGCACAGCCACAAAUGUAUACCAACAGAUUAUUAUCUUUUAUGAAAACACAAAAGUGACUUUGCAAAAUGAACCUACACUGCACAAUCUACUGAUAACAUUGUCAAAUAUUUCCCUCACACUGGAAGAGUUUAAGAUGGACAAUAUGACCAGCAACGUUAAACAAACCCUAGAUACACUAUCUGAGCUUCUACAACCAGAUCUUACCUUGGACUUAUUCAAUAUUACUUUCAACAUGACCAGUGACUAUUUGGAAAAAGUACAAGCUCAGCUUGAGGUUCUGCAAUGGUACUUAAUGUAUAUAAAGAACCAGACAGGAAACCAUAAUGUUUCUGGUGAAAUUUAUCCAAUGUACAGACUGACUCAAGCCAUACUUAGUAACACGAUCUUGAACUGGGUGGACUUAAACAAUUCCAGUGUUAUAGGUUAUAUCCUUGAUAAAAUCAAGUUGUCUCCUGAAGAAGCAGAUACUUUCUUUAAACAGUUAAGUCAGCUCUUUUCUGGCAACCAAUCCAAUUUACUAGACCAGAAAAUCUGGGCUGAAAUCUUACAUUUUGUCACCACCUUGAAACCGAUGACAAGUCUCAGCACAUCUGUUUCACCCGAGUUCACAACCAUCUGGCAGAUUGUUGAUAAGAUUUUGGUCAGCGACUGGAAUAUAACAACUACCAAUGAUGUUUUCAAGGACGUGCAAAUGAUCUUAACUAAUCAGAAUGUUUCCAUAGCACAAGGCUUCCUACAAGCAUAUGAUGUAGUAAUCAAUAUUCUCAAUCUAACACAUUCUGGUGGAAAUAUGAACUUCACACAGCUUUUAGAUUUCUCUGUGAAUAGUUUCUCUACAAUGGACUGUCGUGUGGCUGGAAAACUGAUGACAGUAAUUUUUCAAGCUAUACGGAAAGGUUUUUCACCCGCUAUAUGGCCAGAGGAUGCCCUCAUCCUAAAUGUGACCAUUGAUAUAUGUGAUCUGUUACACUGGAAUAAUUCACAGGAUGACUGGGCCAAGCUCCUUCAGUUUACCAGAAACAUCGCGGCUUCUGUUGAGUCCUUUAUGCCAGACAACUCCACAAAGAAAUACUUUGAUGCAGCCGAAAUAAUUAUUACAUCAGCAGCAGAACUUGUUUUUGAACCUACUUUUUCUCAAGCAACAAUUGUCUCCAUCAUGAACAUUGUCCCGGCUAUUAACGAGUUGUUCGGCAUUGUAGAGAAGAUAACAUUUCAGCAUUUGUUUUAUACUUUCCUGGAUUUGGCUACUAGUACAUCUUCACCCAAGGAAAUCUUACUAUUAAAGUUGGAAAAUUUCAUUUUGGAAGCCGUACAGCCAAUACAAGAAGCACUUAAAGCUGAAAAUGACUCUUCCUACAACAUAAUAUUGUCCUUUUCCUUGGAAGCUCUUAAGCAAUUUAUAAACAUGUCCAAAGACACGUCGCUUGAAGACAACAUUUAUAUUCCAUUCAUGAAGCAAAUGUGGGCAUUAUUUAGAAACAGUAGCUUGGAAGAUUUGAUCAUCUCUAAAGUUAAUCAGCUGGCUCUCGAAGAUAGUCCUCACCUUUCAAAAGAUCCAACUAUUUGGGGACAUUUCCUACAGCUGUUGUUCAAUGUCACAGACCUAGUCAUUUCUGAAACUUCGUCAACGCCACCCUACAUUACCAUAGACAAAAUGACCAGAAUACUGCAGACGGUUUUGGAAGAUAUCCUGACAACCUUUUUACCCCAAUCUGAGAGUAUCACAGACCUCCUAGAACAAUCCUUCCAGGUUGUUCUCAACGUGACUAGAGUAUUUCUUGAAAUUUCAGAGCAGAAUAAAAUCAGCCAGCUUAAAGAACUAAUCAACAGUAUAACCAAUAUGACAUUGAGCAUGACGGAUUUAUCCAAUGACACUGCUAAGCUUUUCCACCUCUUCUCUGUCAUCAAUCAGACAGGUCUCAUUCCCCAGAUAGAUAACACUUUGAACAUUAUUUUCAACUCUGGUAGCACGGAGGAGGGCAAGUUGUUCUUAAAUGCACUGGGCUUGUUUAAUGAGCUUAUUCAAAUGAAGGAUAUCAGUAAUGUCCAUGAACUUUCCUCCAUUUUUAGUAAAUACAUGCUGAGUUCAUUGCAAAAUGGCAACCAGACACAAAAGUAUUUAAAUACUGUCCUAAACAUAUUGCUAUAUCUUAACCACCUCUCAGGAGAAGGCAAUGCAAACUUAGACAAUGGUCUUAUCGAUGUGUUCCCAUUGUUCGUAUCCACUGAACUACAACACCUAAGUAGUGAAGUAAUUAACCAAGCUGCUAGGCUUUUACAUCUUAUUGCUGAUUACAUACCAUCAGAAGAACAGGAGAACUUCCAGAAAGUAUCAAACAUCAGCCUCCAGCUCAUUGAAUCUAUACAUAAUUGCAGUGUUACCCUAAAUAACUGCACAGACCUUACUAAAGGAAUCCAGAACUUUCUUUGGGAUAUUAUACAACUUCAAGCAGUGAUACAGAAUGGAAGCUUGGAAGGACACUUUGCAAACAGCUCAUUCCUACAGAUCGGAUCAUAUGAUUCCUUCCAGAAAACUCUCAUUAAUGACAUAUAUACUCUGUUUUCUUACUCUCUGGGUCACCCACACAAUUCUUCAGUAUUUGUGGAAGAUGUUUAUGAUGAGGUCCUUGCUGCAGUCCAUUGGGUAUUGAACACUUCAAGAGACAAUCAAAAUAUGUCAAUUCUUUCAUCAUUGGAGAGUGUUAUAGAGGUCCUAACGUCUGCCAAUAUCUCAGAAUUCAUUCACCAGACAGAAAAUAUGGUGUUUGCAGCUCUCUGCAUUGACCAAGAAGAUACAGACCCCUUAUUGUGCAGCUUGGACUUAACAUACCAGCUAACACAGCUACUAAAACUACUACCUUGGACACAGCCAAUGCACAACAGGCUGUCUAUCAUCUCAACAGUGGCAGCGCAAUGGCUUAGUACAAUAAAUGUUAAUGUUUCCGCUUCCCAGCAGCUCAUUCAUCUUUACAACGCAACACUUCUCAUGUAUCAGCAUCAACCAAUCCUACAUGCAAUAAACACGUCUGCUGUGAACAUAAUACAGAUGUUACAGGAAAGUGGGAAUCUAUUGAAUGUCACUGUGAAUGGAGCAGGCGCUGCAGUUAACCUUCUAUCUGUUAUUUUACAGGCAGGUGAUUUUGAGGCCACUAAGUACAACAUUUCUGAUGUGUUAACCUAUAAUAUCAGUGAUCUUCUGGAGAGCAUUAGAUUACAGCUUGAUGUUGUUCAGUUGGUUUUGCUGCAAGUGACUAAUAAGACAGCAGUUCUAGAAAGUAACCCAGGUGCCUAUGUAAUGCAUACAAUCACUCAAUGGAUACUGGAAAACUACCAGCAGAUUAACCUAGUUAUACGAGAUGCACAGUCUGUGAUAGCUUCAUUCAACAGUUCUGUGAGUUUGAUGGAUUUAAUACAUAUAUUUGGUGAAACACUCCAGGGGGAGCAAUUUCAUAUUCUUAUACAGCAGAUUGAAGCUGCUCUGCUAAAGUUGCCAAAUUCCACUUUCUAUGGAAAACCACUGUUAAAUCAUACUAUAGUGGGUGAUAUAUUGAUGCAGCUCCCACAACUAACAUUGAAUUUAACAAAUAUGAUCAUUUCUGAAACUUCACUUAGUUCACCAAGCAUAACUUCAAGCAUAGUAAAUAAAAUACUGGAGACAGUUAUGGACAAUAUAAUGAGGAUAUUUCUACCACAAACCGGAAACAUUAAAAGAAUUGUAGAAGAAUCAUUGGAAAAUGUUCUAAAUGUAACUAAAAUCAUACUCUAUAUGUCAGAGCAGAAUGAAAUUAGCCAGCUUUACCAACUAGUUAACAGCCUAACCACCUUAACAUUUGGAGUAGAUCUAUCCAAUGAUACUGCUAAGCUUGCCCAUCUCUUCUCUGUCAUGAACCAGACUGGUCUUAUUCCUCAGAUAGCCAACACAUUGCAGAUUAUAUUUAAUUCUGAUAAUAUGGAACAGGGUAAGCUUAUCUUGAAUGCACUGGACAUGUUUAACAACAUCACGCAAAUGAAGGACAUCAACAAUAUCCAUGAACUUUCUUCCAUCUUCACUACAUACUUGCCAAGUUCAUUGGUGAAUGUCAACCAGACACAAAGGUACUUAAAUGUUAUCCUGAACCUACUGCUGUAUUUUAACAACAUCCCAGAAGAACACCCUGCUAGCUUAACUAAUGGUGUUCUAAAUGUGUUACCAUUUUUCCUUAGCCCAGAUCUACAAAAUCUAGGCAAUGAUAUCAUUAACCAAUCCUCUGGGCUCUUAGGUCUUCUUGCUGAUUACAUACCAUCAGAAGAACAGGACAACUUUCAGAAAGUAUCAAACAUCAGCCUACAGCUCAUUGAAUCUAUACAUAAUUGCAGUGUUAGUCUAGAUAACUGCACAGACCUUACCCAAGGAAUCCAGAACUUUCUUUGGGAUAUUAUACAACUUCAAGCAAUGAUACAGAAUGGAAGCUUGGAAGAACACUUUGCAAACAGCUCAUUCCUACAGAUCGGAUCAUAUGAUUCCUUCCAGAAAACUCUGAUUAAUGACAUAUAUACUCUGUUUUCUUACUCUCUGGGUCACCCAUACAAUUCUUCAGUAUUUGUGGAAGAUGUUUAUGAUGAGGUCCUUGCUGAAGUCCAUUGGCUCUCUGCAUUGGCCAAGAAGAUACAGACCCCUUAUUGUGCAGCUUGGACUUAA